UGUGUCAGUAGCCCGGACGGCUCCGUCUCAUCCCGCACCGUGAGUCAAGCGUGCUCGGCUGCGACAUGACCAGAGCCCCGCAGACCUGGCCACUCAAAUAUGGAGCAGUUUAAAGCGAUCAUUUUGGUGCUUUGGAUACUAUUGCUCUACAGAAAUGAGGAGUCCCGUGCAGAGGAAGUUGUCUUGCUGAAUUCUAAGGAGUCCCAGGCAGAGCUGGGUUGGACCUCAUAUCCUUCAAAUGGGUGGGAGGAAAUCAGCGGUGUCGAUGAGAAAUACAAGCCCAUUCGCACAUAUCAAGUAUGCAACGUGAUGGAGCCCAGUCAGAACAAUUGGCUCCAGACGGGUUGGAUAUGGCGGCAGGGUGGCCAGCGCAUCUUCAUCGAGCUGCAGUUCACCCUGCGCGACUGCAACAGCAUCCCAGGCGUGUCCGGUAGCUGUAAGGAGACCUUCAAUCUCCUCUACGCCGAGUCUGACUGGGACCUGGGCCGUGUCACCCGCGAAGACCGCUACAGCAAAAUCGACACCAUUGCGGCGGAUGAAAGUUUCACGCAGGGCGAUUUGGGAGAACGGAAGAUGAAACUUAACACUGAAGUCCGUGAAAUAGGACAUCUCAAUCGCAAAGGAUUCCAUCUGGCCUUCCAGGAUGUGGGCGCAUGCGUCGCGCUGGUUUCCGUGAGAGUGUACUACAAACGCUGUUUGUCAACAGUGCAGAAUUUAGCAGUGUUCCCAGAUACGGUAGCUGAAGCUGCCUUCUCGACUCUGGUGGAGGUGAGAGGGUCAUGCGUGAAUAACUCUGAGGUGGACACGGACAGUCCUCCCAGAAUGCAUUGCAGUGCUGAAGGGGAGUGGCUGGUGCCCAUCGGCAAAUGCAGCUGCAGUGCUGGGUAUGAGGAGGGACACAGCAGCUGUGAGGCCUGUCCCCCGGGCACCUACAAGAUGUCGUCACGGCAGCAAGAGUGUUUCCUGUGUCCGGCUAACAGCAAGGCUGAAGACGAGGGCUCUGUGCUGUGUGUGUGCGAGGACGACCACUUCAGAACUCCACUGGACCCUCCAUCCGCACCCUGCACGCGUAAGACAGUCAGGUUCUGUGUGGGGUGAAUGUUUAUGUGUGCAUUUGCGUGUG